CCGGGCCCCCCGCCGAGCCCCGCGCCGACGGCCUGGCCUUAGCCCUGGAGCCCGCCGGCGGCGCGGCCAACUUCUUGGCCAUGGUGGACAACCUGCAGGGGGACUCCGGCCGCGGCUACUACCUGGAGGUGCUGAUCGGGACCCCCCCGCAGAAGCUGCAGAUUCUCGUGGACACCGGGAGCAGCAACUUCGCCGUGGCUGGUGCCCCGCAUUCUUACAUAGACUCUUACUUCGACACGGAGAGGUCCAGCACGUACCAUCCCAAGGGCUUUGAUGUCACAGUGAAGUACACGCAGGGGAGCUGGACCGGCCUGGUGGGGGAGGACCUUAUCACCAUCCCAAAAGGCUUCAACAGAUCUUUUGUGGUCAACGUCGCCACUAUCUUUGAGUCAGAGAACUUCUUUCUGCCUGGGAUUAAGUGGAAUGGGAUACUUGGACUUGCUUACGCUGCCCUGGCCAAGCCAUCAAGCUCUCUGGAGACGUUCUUUGAUUCGCUCGUGACGCAAGCAGAAAUCCCCAACGUUUUCUCCAUGCAGAUGUGUGGGGCUGGGAUGCCCGUGGCCGGAUCUGGUACCAACGGAGGUAGUCUUGUCCUGGGUGGAAUUGAACCAAGUUUGUACAAAGGAGACAUCUGGUAUACCCCUAUUAAGGAGGAGUGGUAUUAUCAGAUAGAAAUCCUGAAAUUGGAAAUCGGAGGCCAGAGUCUGAAUCUGGACUGCAGAGAGUACAAUGCGGACAAGGCCAUCGUGGACAGCGGCACCACACUGCUGCGCCUGCCCCUGAAGGUAUUCAAUGCAGUGGUGGAAGCCGUGGCCAGCACGUCUCUGAUUCCAGAAUUCUCUGAUGGUUUCUGGACCGGGUCCCAGCUGGCGUGCUGGACGAAUUCCGAAACACCUUGGUCUUACUUCCCUAAGAUCUCCAUCUACCUGCGAGACGAGAACUCCAGCAGAUCCUUCCGCAUAACUAUCCUGCCUCAGCUUUACAUCCAGCCCAUGAUGGGGGCUGGCCUGAAUUAUGAAUGUUACCGGUUCGGCAUUUCGCCUUCCAUGAAUGCGCUGGUGAUUGGUGCUACCGUGAUGGAGGGCUUCUACGUGGUCUUUGACAGAGCUCGGAAGAGGGUGGGCUUCGCGGCAAGCCCUUGUGCAGAAAUCGCAGGUGCUCCGGUGUCUGAAAUUUCUGGGCCUUUCUCAACAGACGACGUAGCCAGCAACUGUGUCCCCACCCUGCCUUUGAAUGAGCCCAUUUUGUGGAUCGUCUCCUAUACUCUCAUGAGCGUGUGUGGCAUCAUCCUUCUUAUCUUAAUCAUCCUGCUCCUCCUUCCGUUCCGGUGUCGCCACCUCCCGCGAGACCCCGAGGUGGUCAGCGAUGAGUCCUCUCUUGUCCGGCAUCGCUGGAAAUAAGGAGCAAAGCCUGAACUCAAGCAACCUUGAACUCAACUAUUAAGACAAUUAAAUUUCAAGUGCAGCAGGCAGGGGUUAAAAGGCAACGUUUCUUCCUAUGUCCACUAGUCUUAAGUCUGUGCUGCUCUCAGAUGCCUUCCGCAUUCACUGUAUUUUGAUUCUUGAUUUUAAAGCUCUCUUCUUCUUCCCUACUUCCAACAAAACGACAAUAAAAAACACACCCUUCUAAACCAAAACAGAGUGCAUUGGGCUUCAGGCUUUAUGUGACUGGUAUACGACACUGUCUAGAUGUGCCACCAAGUAAAAAAAGCAGCCGUGGCUAGUUCUCCUUCCUCCGGUCUCUGGAGAAAUGAGCACAUGUAGUUUAUAACUCCUUGUAGCUAACGGGGAGCUUUGUGCGUUCAUUGCAUUGAAUGGUAUUUUGCGUCGGGCCUCAACCAGGGUCCGAGUGGUACAAGAAGGCUCACGAUACCAUGGCAGGAGAAGCCACCUGGGGCUUGGUGACAUAACCAUCCUGCCCCCUUCUCAGUCAGAGACACAGCCGCAGGCCCCUUUUCUGGGUCUCCCUGUGUCCUGGAUGGGAGAAAAAUCCACUCAGAGGAGACCAUCACUCAGAGGAGACCAUCACCCAAAGGUCCUCACCAGCCUCUUCUGAAGAUGAAAGACUGCCUGCCCAUCAUGGUGGAGCGGAAAGGAAACCUACUGUUUUGUACUCGAUACUUCCAUAGUAUUGUUGGUAUAAAAGUGAAAAAACUACCUCUGUUGAGAUUCUGCCCAGGGUCCUGUGCCUGGGUGGGGGUGCAGGCAGCCGGGGUCCAGCUGUUACCCUCACCUAAAAGGAUCCUCAUUCCAACAGGCCAGACAGAACAGGUGCUGAACCGCACAUGGAGUUCUGUCGCCAUGCUGGUCAUUAGCUCAUGUGCUUACUCUUACUUAAAAUUAAAAAAACAGCGUUUCAGUGAGAAAAACAAAUUCCAUUUCAAUAGUUUAGUUGCCUCUUUUUCCAAAUCUUCUCUGAAGGUAGGUUGAUUGUUAUCUUUUUGGGAAAUGGCUAAAGGCCCAGGAAGGAAGAAGAUACAAGACCUACAGAGGACUCGGUGGGAACUUCUAGUUAUUCCCGUGUUUUGGAAUCAUGUGUUUCCAUUUGCACAACCUCCUAAAGUCAAGCACGCCCAUCUGAAUCAGCUUAAGCAAAUAUGAUUUGUUGAGCGGUUGACCCACCUGCUUCUUCUCUUUGACAUGUUCAAUCUUUGGUGCCGACGUGGGUGUGCCGUCGGAUCCUUAUUUGGGGAAACUCCCUCUUGCUAUCCUUUGAGGCCUUUGCCAGAGAAAAGCAGAAAUCUGUAAGUUGAUGUAAUCAGCUUCAUGUGAUCUGUUGUGAUUAGGAGAAGGGUUCAAAGCCAGAAUCCUUUCUCUCUUGUUCCUGUGCCAAGUUCAAUGUUCACUUUGCUUUGCUAUUGCGAUGAGUUGGGUAUAUAAUAAAAUUCCACUGGAAGGGCUAACUGUGGAGUGUCUCCUUCGGCUGGAGUGUUAUGUGUGUUCAAGACAGGCUGCAUGUGGAUGUUUCAGCCAUCUGCUCCGCUCACUGGAUCCCAGGGCCACCUCCAUAUUGAGGAAUAUAUGACCACGCCAAAGAGAGGCUGGGUCACUUAUACGUGUGGAGGUGUCCUGAAAGACUCUCCAACUCUCACAGGUACUUGUGGAGGAGAACAUAAAUCUUAGGUGUUCUUCAAAAUACAGUGCGAGCAUCCCCCUCUAGGGAUGGGAUGGCAGGAGGAAAUCCUGUUAUCAGAGGCUCAUUAUCACAUCUGGUCUCAGCUAAUUGAGAAGCAAUCAUUUUAAAUGCAUUUCAGAGUUAGAAAUGUCUGCAAGUCUCAUUUUCUUUUUGUCCUGUUGGCUUUUUCAUUGGUUCCUGUUUUGUGGGCCACUUGACACAGAAGUGAAGGCAACACCUCUUGCUGUGCCUGUCCCCUUGCUGUGAAAAAUCCAAGCCCCUGGAAUAAAAGGAAGGAAUUGCAGGUAUGGGCUGGUUGGUUUUGCUCAUUUCUUCGUGCAGGCCGCUCCUGUUCCAUUUUCCCGUGUUAGGUUUCUGCGCGCGGAACAUUUCUAUCACAGCCGCUUAGCAGACACUGUUCCCAGAAUACAUGAUAAUAGCAAGUUCGAUUUCAAGCUAGGGUGUUUGAAUGAAGUGUGCUAUAAUUCUCUGUAUUUCCUAUCAAAUUUCUCUACCUUUUCAUCUUUGCUGUCAUUGGACGUGACAUUUUAAUGAAAAUACUUAAAUUACAAAAGCAUAAUUUAGCAGCAAGAGUGAAACAGACAAUUGAAAGUGGGACAUUUUCCUGGCAUGCUUCGCUGCUGCAAAUUGGACUUGGAGUCAAAACCCUGUUAGCCACACCCACUUCCUCGAGCUAUGUAAAUUGAGACUUAGCUUGGAAAACUUUCCAGGAGGCUGGCUUUGAGCAGGAAAGGAGGUAGCAACCAUUGGAGGGUGUCAAAUUUUUUUACCCGGUAAAGCACUGUGGAAAAUGCUGGAAGAUGGUUCUUUCCUGAAAAAAAAUGCAACUUAGCAUUAGCUUGUCAAGACCUUGUCAGCUCUCUAAUGGGAAAUGGAUGCUUCUACACGAACAAUAUGUUUUUUAAAUAGGGCAAUGCUUUAUAUUCCUGAUGAGCUAUUCGGAAGCCUGAAAUGAAAUCCUGUCUUCAGCAACUCAAACUGUUUCUGAAAAAUAAAAAGAAAUGAGAUAAGGACUGAACCCAUCUUUUUCCUCGGGAAUUUUAAAAGCCCCGCAAGUGAUUGGCGCCAGGCCAUCUGGCCUUUCCCACACACUGUCUUCUAUUUCUUCUGACCCUAAAACGAGUUCCUGGUAUGAAGGAAAUGUAUUCCUUGCAUGUGACAGCAGAGGUCCGGACACUCGGAAAGAUUUUAGCUGAUUCAUCAUGAAACGCAGAGGUUUUGGUCAAGAGAGAAAUGGUGGGGGGUUAUUCAUGGUUCAAAAUGAUAAAAGUAGUUCCCAGCGAUGCAGCAUUCACUCCACAGAGCUCUGCGUCCUAGAUUUGGCAAAGCAGUUGUUGGUUGGGGAUUGAUUGCAUUAUCUCAUUUAACAGGCAGGGAAGGAGUAUUUCAUUGUUUAAUAGGUUCCCCCACGAGAGUGAAAAUUUGUUCAUUUCCUCUUACUGGGCCCCCACAUGGGGGAGCUGCCCAGCAUGGUUUGGUUCUGAGUUUUGGCGUCGUGCCACGCGAUGUCAGUGGGAAUACAUCACUGCCAACAGCCUGCUCCGUCAGCAGCAAUAAUCGAGUUUCACAGACUUUAUCCUUAUUUGUGGAAACCAAAUAAUCGGGUGGAAUCCCAGUGUGUUUUCUCUUGCACAAACUUAUUAGACUUGACUUCAGGACUGUUCAGAGGGAAAAACUGGCCACUAAGAUUUUCUUUUUCUUUUUUAGGAAAAACAACUAAACGCCAUAAAAUAUAAAAAUCAGGAGUUUUGCCAAGAGCAAUCCUAGGUAUUUAGUGCCAAGAAAACGGCAUGCAACAGAAGUUAUUGUGUACAUUUUUGGUGGGUUUUAAGGAUUUUGGAUUUGAAUUUAUGGCCAUUUUACCAAUUAAACAGCAAACAGGAAAAAUACGUUUUGAAAUCAGGGGAGGAAAAUAAAAAAUUAUCAAAAAUAUGUGACAAAAGAAGCAGAAUUCACUGUUUUGGGAAAGUGGCUCAUUCCAGAGAUCCUCAGAUUUCUUUGGCCGUUAAGGUUGCUGAAUCAGUGGGGGGUGAAAUUUAUGUCCCAAGCCCCAAGCCCCAAAUUUCAGGACUAUUCAAGCUGGAGUCACAUGGCCAACGUCAGCACGUACAAAGGGAGAGAAGGUGGCCCUGACACUGCAUCACCCAAGCCAGGUGAAGAUUGCUUCAUGCAAAGAACAGCACGAAGAGGAUGGUUGGGACUUGGAAAAUUCUAGAAUCUGGGGAGGGAGG